ACCAAUAGUCACGUGAUGUCUUUUGACGCUAAAAAUGAGCGUCAAGCGUCAGCGUGAAAAGGCACCUUAACUCUGACCGUCGGUUCAUCUAACCGUGUGGUUGGUGAAAUUGGCCCGUGUUUAUAAGUUAACAUGCGUAAUUUAUGAAACUUAGUUACGUUACACCUAUAAACCAUUUUAAAAGAUACACAUAAUAUAUUAUGCUUGAAAAUUUACAAAAUCUGGCAAUUAUUUUUAAUUACUUAUUUUUCCAGAUAAUAAUAAAGAGAUAUAUUUACACAUGCAGGAUAUGGUAGAUUUUAAAGAAAUUAAUAAGUUCAGAAAUACAAAAAUGGAAAUUGAAUUAAUAAAUAAGAAUUAUGACAUUAAUUGUAAUGAUCAUAAUUCUGAUGACAUUGAGUAUGUAUAUUGCAAAACAAAAUUUUAUCAUAAACUUUUAUUUCUCUGAGAACUAGUUGUUUGGUUUUAAGCAGGAUUUAAACAUAUGUCUAUCUUUAUCUUUUUCUUUAAUAAAUAACUAAGAUAUGACAGACAUAUUUAAGUCUUACUUUAAAUUAAAAUGAAGUUUAUUUUGUGUAACCAGGCUUAAGUUUUAUUCAUGAAAAUUAUUUAUCAAUAUUGUUUCUAGUGAUCCAUGUGAAAUAGAAGAACUGUCUUUAGAGUCUUGUUCAGAAUAUAUGGUCUCAAAUGCUACUGUAGACAUUUCAAAUUGUAAACAAAUUAAGGAUAUAUUAUCACAUCACUCAAAAGAUGCAGAAAACAACAUGCUUCACACUGUGGAUAUUCAAUCUAAGAAAACAACUAAUAAUCAAUCAAAAAUACUUAAUAAAGAAGAAACGAAACGAUUAAAACAAGUAAGUCUUGUUUGGAAAUAUUUUGAAAAAGAUUUAAAGAAUUUAACUGCUCGUUGUAUCUUGUGCAAUAAAAGUAUUAAACAUUGUGGGAAUACCUCAAACAUGAAGCAACAUUUAACUAGAAAACAUGAAAUAUUAUGGUCUGCUAAUCAUAGAAAAAAUGACACUAAUAGUGUUCAAUCAGAUACUAAUAUACUUGACAAAACUAAAGAAAAGAAAAUCUAUAAUAAGGUAAUAAAUUAAAACGGCAAUUAAAGAAUAAAUA